AUGUCAGAAAAUAGUUCCUCAUCGCAGUUGAAGUGCCAUUGUGGUUUGAUAGCUAGCCAUUUAACUUCAAAAACUCCUUCAAACCCUGGAAGGAAGUUCUUUAAGUGUCCUAAGCCUAAGAUUAAUUCUUGUGGUUAUUGGAAAUGGGAAGAUGAAGUAUUUUCGGAUACUCCAUUGACUGAAGUCAGAGGGUUAGUGGCUGCUUUGGAUGCUCUUAAGGUUGAAAUAGACAAUUUGAGGAAAGAAGUAGCCAAAUUGGAGGCUAUAAGUCAUUCUCAAGUGAUUAAAGUGUCAACUUUGGAAGACAAAGUAACAAAGAUGUGGAUGGUAAUUAUAGUUUCAUUGGCACUUUUCGUGGGUUUCAUUACAGCUCCAAUGAUGAAGUGA